AUGCGUGUUAGUGAGCAACGCUAUGUACCAAAGAAAAAGGUUCGGGAGCCCUAUUCUAAGCAAGAAUUAGUCGGUAGAGGUGCUUACGGUUCUGUUUAUAAGGGUAUUAAUAACGACACAAACCAAGUUGUGGCCAUAAAGGUGCUAAAUUUAGAUACUGAAGAAGACGACGUUGGGGAUAUCAUAAAAGAAAUCAAUUUGCUUUCAUUACUUAAUAGUGAAUCGCAAAAUAUUACUAGAUAUUAUGGAAGUUUCCUUCAUGGUACAAAGCUAUGGAUUAUUAUGGAAUAUGCAGCUGGCGGAAGCAUCAGAACUUUGUUGAAAGCUGGAGCAAUAGAAGAAAAAUAUAUAUCUAUUAUUACGAGAGAGGUUUUACUAGCAAUAAGUUAUUUGCAUAAGUGUAAAAUUAUACAUCGGGAUAUAAAGGCGGCGAACAUUUUACUAACGGCCGAAGGAAAAGUGCAACUUUGCGAUUUUGGCGUCGCUGGACAGUUGACUGCCUCAAAUGCCAAACGUACAUCGUUUGUUGGUACUCCAUAUUGGAUGGCACCUGAAGUAAUCACCGAAG